AGCUCAAAAGAACCAUUUCGCGGAAAUGAGUCUGACUUCCCAUCACUGACUACACAGAGCGCUCAUUGAUCCUUUAGCUAUUUAUCUCACACCGAUUCCAGUCAGUCAGUGCUUUCAGUUCUCAGUCUAACGGUUACUUUCAUUAUCAAACACUGGCUGGAUCUGUCUUUGUGUGUGGGUCGACAAAUUGUUGAUUGUUGAAGUGGUUGUGUAUGAGAGAACGAAUCAUUUACUUCUUUACUGAGAAGUAAGCACACACACUUCCCGUGUAGUCUUUGUGUUCGGCCUACGGAUCAGUGCUGCUGCAUUUACCGAAAAUUCUCCACUUUACCUGGAGUGAAAACCUACCAAACCUUAGGAUGCGCGUUGACUGCACCAUCAGCUCUGCACGUCUGCAUCUGGCUGCUGAUGGCCUGCAGUAGCACAAUGACUGACAUGUCUACCCGACCCGUACUGAGACACCCUCUAAAGUCCUUCAAAUGAUAUGAUAGUAGCCACCUGGAUUGCAUUCUGUGCCAGCAGGAGCCUCGUGCGGGUUCUACGACUCACCGUAGAACAGCUGCAGUCAGUGCAGUUUUGGCCCAGCCUCUCAUCCGGUGGAGCCAUGGGGAACAGCUGCGUGUGCAGAGAGGACAGUGAUGUCGAGGAGGGAUCAGCCCCUCGCAGGCAGCUCAGGCGAGUGGAUAACUCUGUGUCUGAUCCCCCAGAGGCCAGAGGCAGUCGGCCCAGGGACCCGGUUCGACCGCCCCGGCGAGGUCGAGGGCCGCACGAGCCACGUCGGAAAAAACAAAACGUGGACGGUUUGGUACUGGACACGCUGGCCGUCAUCAGAACUCUAGUUGACAAUGACCAAGAGCCGCCGUACUCCAUGAUCACACUGCAUGAGAUGGCAGAGACAGAUGAUGGCUGGUUGGAAGUGGUGCAGUCUUUGAUUAGGGUAAUUCCUUUGGAUGACCCACUAGGACCAGCCGUAAUAACCCUUCUAUUGGAUGAAUGCCCUUUGCCCACCAAAGAUGCUCUGCAGAAGUUGUCAGACAUGUUGAAUCUGAGUGCUGCUGUGGCGCGUCAGGAUGCCCUCAUCCCAGCCAAACACCGCAACACCACAGCAGUCCUGGGCUGUCUGGCUGAGAAACUGGCUGGUCCAGCGAGCAUUGCGCUCCUCAGCCCUGGAACUCUGGAGUACUUACUGGAGAGUUUGAGUUCUGAGGCCCAUCCCACUGUCAUGCUGUUUGCUCUCAUCGCUUUAGAGAAGUUCUCUCAAACCAGUGAGAACAAGUUAACCGUGUCGGAAUCAUGUAUCAGUAAACGUUUGUCUGUUCUGGAGUCCUGGUCAGAUCAUCCUGACUACCUAAAGCGUCAAGUGGGCUUCUGUGCCCAGUGGAGUCUUGAUAACCUCUUUAUCAAAGAGGGGCGCCAGUUUACCUAUGAGAAGGUGAACUUAAACAACAUCAAUGCCAUGCUGAACAGUAAUGACGUCAGCGAAUAUCUCAAGAUCUCUCCUACUGGACUUGAGGCUCGUUGUGAUGCGUCUUCAUUUGAGAGCGUCCGCUGCACAUUCUGUGUGGAUUCGGGGGUUUGGUACUAUGAGGUUACAGUCAUCACCUCUGGUGUCAUGCAAAUUGGCUGGGCAACCAAGGACAGCAAGUUUCUAAACCAUGAGGGUUAUGGGAUUGGAGAUGACGAGUACUCCUGUGCGUAUGAUGGCUGCAGGCAGCUGAUCUGGUACAACGCUCGCAGUAAACCUCACUCCCACCCCUGCUGGAAAGAAGGUGAUGCCAUUGGCUUCCUGCUGGACCUCAGCAAGAAGCAGAUGAUUUUCUAUCUGAACGGACACCAGCUGCCUCCUGAGAAGCAGGUGUUCUCUUCUGCCACGUCUGGCUUUUUCGCUGCAGCCAGUUUCAUGUCCUACCAACAGUGUGAGUUCAACUUUGGAGCCAAGCCCUUCCGCCAUCCCCCCUCCUUCAAAUUCAACACAUUUAAUGAGUUUGCCUCGCUCGCAUCAGACGAGAAAAUCAUUCUGCCCAGACACCGGCGCCUGGCUUUGCUCAAGCAGGUUAGCAUCAGAGAUAACUGCUGCACCCUCUGCUGUGACCAGAUGGCUGACACUGAACUGAGACCCUGUUUGCACAGUGGGAUUUGUAUGGAGUGUGCCUUACAGCUGGAAACGUGCCCACUGUGUCGCCAAGACAUCCAGACACGAGUCAGACUCAUUUCCCACGUGUCCUGACAUCAGCCCACCAACCCUAGAUGUGGACUUUCCCCCCUCAAGCUUCCAUCCUGUCCAGUCCCCCCAUCCGAGAAAUCAACCUGACCAAUCGAAUCAUGAUGCUGUCUCAGGAUUGGAUGCGGGAGGGUGGACAUUUGACAGAUGGAGUAGACCUUCCUUGAAACUGGAGGGAAGAAGAGAGUGAAAACUACACUGUUGCACUCCAAGGCAGCCCCAAUCAGAUGGUUGUUGAGCGAAGCUGGGGGUUUUUAAUCUGCUUUUCCAGGAACAGAUAAAUUAUGGAACAAAUGCAUCCAUUCUGAUCUGUCUUUGAGUCUCUCCCUCAAGCUCUGGUCAGGGUCUAUUGUGUGUCUGUUCAGACUUGUUGAAUAUAUAUGUGAUGCCCUAAUGUUUUUUUUUUUUAAGUUACAAUCUCAUCAGGAAACACCAGUGUCAUAACCACUUUGUUUCCUCUUUAUGUUCAUGCCUGCCUCAGAAAACCCAUUAUUAUUCUGCUCCCAUCAGACUUGAUUGUACUUGAAACUGUUUUGGUUUGAUUGCCCCACAUUCUGAAUAUGAUUGUGUCUUGAUGUCUUGAUGAAUCAAGACACUGUGAUUUAUUUUUAUUUUUAAUAAUAGUAUUUUACAAUGAUGUAUAAUGCAAAGUCCAUUUAGAAAUAAAUGAAGCCAAAUUACAUUGGGUAAAAUGACAGAAUUGAGUGAGAACUGAUUCCAUCAGACUAAAAAGCAAUCCUUAAAUGAGAUUUGGGGUAAUUUUGUGUGUUUUCUGCCAUGGUUAAUGCACAUAUCAGUGCCCUAAUGCUGCUGAUGCUAAAUGUGAACUUUCUUAAGCAGUUAGAGACUGAAAUCUCCAGCGCUCCCAAAGAUAAGAGAGUAUGAUUGAAUUAAGAAUCUUUCACUUUUUUGAAUUAUGAUGUUUGUAAUAAAUGUCUGUUUUAUGUGUUGCA